CCCUGUUUAUUUUGUUUUUCAGGCAGAUGCAGAUAAAACAAUGUCUGCCAACCUCAAAUACCUUUCCUUGGGGAUCCUGGUCUUUCAGACGACCAGCCUGGUGCUCACGAUGCGCUACUCCAGGACUUUCAAGGAGGAGGGGCCUCGGUACCUGUCCUCCACGGCCGUGGUGGUGGCGGAGAUUCUGAAGAUCAUGGCCUGCAUUGUGUUAGUCUACAGAGACAGCCAAUGUAGUCUGAGAGCACUGAAUCGAAUCCUGCGGGAUGAGAUCCUUAACAAGCCUAUGGAAACGAUCAAACUUGCUAUUCCAUCCGGGAUAUACACUCUUCAGAACAACCUGCUCUACGUGGCGCUGUCCAAUCUCGACGCAGCCACCUACCAGGUCACGUAUCAGUUGAAGAUCCUGACGACGGCGCUGUUCUCUGUGUCUAUGCUGGGUAAAAAGCUGGGUGUGUACCAGUGGCUCUCCCUGGUGAUUCUGAUGGCCGGAGUGGCUUUUGUACAGUGGCCCUCGGAUACCCCGGAGCUGGACUCGAAGGCGCUCUCGGCCGGCUCGCAGUUCGUGGGCCUCAUGGCCGUCCUCACGGCCUGCUUUUCCAGUGGCUUCGCGGGGGUGUACUUCGAGAAAAUCUUAAAAGAAACCAAGCAGUCGGUGUGGAUCAGAAACAUUCAACUGGGCUUCUUUGGGAGCGUGUUUGGCUUGAUGGGCGUGUACGUGUACGACGGAGAGCUGGUGUCACAGAACGGGUUUUUCCAGGGCUACAACCGGCUGACCUGGGCAGUUGUUGCUCUUCAGGCACUGGGCGGCCUUGUCAUAGCAGCUGUUAUAAAGUAUGCAGAUAAUAUUUUAAAAGGAUUUGCAACCUCUUUAUCCAUAAUAUUAUCGACACUGAUAUCCUACUUUUGGCUACAAGAUUUUGUGCCAACCAGUGUCUUCUUCCUGGGAGCCAUCCUUGUAAUAGCAGCUACUUUCCUAUACGGCUACGACCCCAAGCCUGCAGGCAACCCCACCAAAGCAUAGGGGGCGCUGCUCGCAGGGCUCGGCGGGAACCCGCAGGACUGCUCAGAGCCCAGGGAGGUGUCGCCGCUCUUCACACUGCCCCGAUGGUUGGAAAACAUGAAUGUGCAGCUCAAGUCUCUGUCUAUGUGACAGCAGGCCUGUCGCCUCUAGAAAUCCAAGCUUGAGGUACUGCCGGGAUUAGAAUCACUGCAGGGACUGGAGAUGUGCGUUUGGGGGAUCUGGCCGGUUGGGCCGCCGCAGGGAUGACCUGUGCACGCGCUGCAAGAGCGCAGGCAGCAGGCGUCAGCCGUCAUGUCUGCGGACGAGCUACGUCCUUCUCGGCGGUGUCUGUCUUACCCUCCGUGCAGGUCAGCAAGCCAAUGGCAUAGUCAGAGUUUGACGGUUAGGAUUGUUGCCUAUAAAGCUGUGCAGAAACAGAAGUAUGGCCUGAGAAACAUUUUCACGGACCCGAGAUUUCUAUAUUUAUACAAAAGAUUGGUAAACAAAAGAUCGCUAAAUGUUAUUCAACUACAUAAAAACUGGUGAAGUACCAUUCUGGGUCUGGCUUGUCAGAGAAGGAAAUGCAGAGUCCACGUUCACAUUCCACGUAGAGAAACACACACUUCUCCAUCUGCCCGUCAGGUCUCUCCGCGCCUCUUAAGCGUCCCCGCUCCGUGCGGGUGGCACUGGGCACUUGGGCGCUAGCGGAGCUGUCCUGCCCCUACCUGCUUCUUUUCUGUAAAUCACAUCGUCUUUAGUGGUGCUUUAAAUUAAUUCCUGUGUGUUCCAUUAAAGUUUUAAUACGUAAUUUAAAGGGAUUAAAAACUCAUUUAUUAACUUACAAUAAAAUAAUUCUUGUCUAAUAUCUCCAUUUGGAGAGUUUUGAACUAUCAAAGCAUGAGCUGUACACAUUAGAAUGUUUUUAAUGAGUAUUUUACUCAUUGACCUGUAAACUUUACAACUGUUGACAAAAACAACCACCAAAGUAGGACUGACAUCAAGGAAUUGAGACCAAAACGAUUUUCCUUGGAGACAUUCCAGGUUGCCACGGUAUCACCUCAUAUGAAUGGCGCUCUGACUGACACCCAAGGCCGCUCAGCGCUUCCCAGGCGCUCACACCCCGCCCAGGGGCUCUGAGUCCCCCCCGGGCGGGAGGUGGGGGCGGGAGGCGCUGGCUCCCCUAUGCUCUGACAAGGUUUCUUUUCCGUUUGCUUGGCACCACAGGUGAAGUGGCAAAUUGGAUGAGUUAUUUAACAGGGGCUCAGGGAGAGGCUAGCAGAAGAGGGAAGAGGACUUGGUGGGCAAAAUACUUCAGAAGUUGGAAUGUGGGUUUAUUUAUUGAUGCCUGGAUUACCAGGGAGUAGAAUUAUUUUACUUUAUGUUUUUCAUCAUACUUAAUAUAUUUUUAAAGUUUCCUGUAAAAAGUCGCUCUAAUGGACUUUGCUAAAUGUUAUUUACUUCACUACUUCUCUCUCCACUACUUCGUUCAUUAUAAAAAAUAUGCUAAUUCAUGGGAGAAAAGUGCCAAUUGAUAAUUCUAUUAGAAAUGAAGAACAUGGUGUUUGGGAAUGAAAGUCUGAGCUGCCACAUGAGGAUGUUUCCUCACCCGGAUGGGAUCAGUCCUGGGAGAAGUGACAUGGCGGUGUUGUAGGCUGUUUGAUGGAGGAACACGUAGUAUAGAUGCAGAAUUUACAUGUUUACAUCCGUUUAUAUUGAAGGUCACGUUUCAUAGAAGGAGGGGUAGUUUGAUAUGUAAACUAGAUUGUAAGGAGACAGACGGAAAGGAAACUACCUUUGUGCUCAGUAGACAUGGUUAAUGCUGACUAUUCUUAAGAAGCGGCACACUUUUCCUGCUACCAAAUUAUUAGACUUUAAAAUGCAUCCUGUAGUCAUUCAACUGAGUUUCUUUUAAAAACAGGGUCUCGCAUUGCUCAUUUUAUUUACACUUCCAUCAUUACCAUCUGUAACCACAUGUGGACGCAUGCUGUAUGUCAGGGAAGGUUACAGAAGUUAGCUCGCUCUGUGGGAAGUCACUUGAACAGUCUGUAGGAGAUGUAGCAUAUUUAAAGUCCUCGUAGGACCAAAGAAAAAGCGCCUUCAUCCAAACCGGGUCCUGUGUGCCUUGCUUUACCAAAACACCUGACUUUGUUCCCUGGAGGCUAUGACUGUAAUUCACAGCUUUGGACACGUAGGCAACAGUAGGAUGUUGUAAGAAUAACUGUAAUCCACUGUGCUGGCUGUUUCAGCAUUUGCUCAUGAACCCAUCACCCAGCAGGCUGUUAGGGUGGGAGUACUGUACACACACUGGUGGGCAGCCUGGCGGAACUGCAAGCUGUUAGGGUGGGUGCCCUGCACCGACACGGGGGGCAGAACUGACUUAAAGAAUCACCCAGUCCUCAGGCAUUGAGCUCCUCUGACGUGGACCGUCGGAUGGAACGGUCAUGCUUUCGCUUUAUUUCUUAUGAGAUAUCAUUUACUGUGAUUUAAACAACAUUUUUAAAUAAUUUGGGUUCUGAAUUUGUCUAUAUAUGUGUAUUUGUUUUGAAAAAUUCUUUUGGGCUUGGGAAUGUAAUUUGUAUGUUUAGAUUUUAUGACAUAAUUCAAAGAAAUAUAUAAAAUGGUCUUUUGUUAAAUGGCUUUUUUAAAUUGA